UCCUGUCCACUCCACCACUCGAAACUCUGAUUUUACACAGAUUUAUACGAUUAUAACGCCGUUACUCCUCUCUCGGAGGUGAUCCAAACUUAUUCUGCUAGCCGUGUAUGUUCACGACUGGAGGGAUUUCUGCAAGCAUACAUGCUAACAGACUGCGAUCACAAGGCAUGGGGUCUCACGAGCAAGCUGUGAAGUUCGCUAACCAGGAUUAUGAGGCGUUAAAGCAGGAGUGUGUGGAGUCUGGGAGCCUGUUUGAAGACCCCCUGUUUCCGGCCGAACCCCCCUCUCUGGGAUUUAAGGAGCUGGCUCCAUACUCUGCCAAAACCAGGGAUGUGGAGUGGAUGAGACCUUCGGAGCUGGCAGAAGAUCCUCAGUUCAUUGUGGGAGGUGCCACCAGGACAGACAUUUGCCAGGGAGCCCUGGGUGACUGUUGGCUCUUAGCUGCCAUUGGAUCGCUCACUCUGAAUGAGAGACUUCUGCACCGUGUUGUUCCACAUGGUCAGUCUUUUCAGGACGACUACGCCGGCAUCUUCCAUUUCCAGUUUUGGCAGUUUGGUGAUUGGGUUGACGUGGUAAUAGAUGAUCGACUUCCUGUCAAAGAUGGAGAACUCAUGUUUGUCCACUCUGCUGAGGGCAAUGAAUUCUGGAGUGCACUGCUGGAGAAGGCCUAUGCUAAGUUAAAUGGAUCCUAUGAGGCCCUAUCUGGAGGCAGCACAACUGAAGGGUUUGAGGAUUUUACUGGAGGAGUUUCUGAGAUGUACGAACUCCAAAAAGCUCCACGAGAUCUGUACAGGAUCAUCAGGAAGGCACUGGACAGAGGAUCACUGCUCGGCUGCUCUAUUGAUAUCACCAGUGCCUUUGAUAUGGAGGCUGUUACUUUCAAGAAGCUGGUGAAGGGCCAUGCCUACUCAGUCACAGGACUCAAGGAGGUCAAUUACCGAGGUCGAAUGGAGCGUCUCAUCCGGAUACGUAACCCUUGGGGCCAGGUGGAGUGGACUGGAGCCUGGAGCGACAAUUCUUCUGAAUGGGAUCAAAUUGAUGCGUCUGAAAGAGAAGAUUUGAACUGUAAAAUGGAGGAUGGGGAGUUUUGGAUGGCCUUCAGUGAGUUUCUGCGGCAGUUUUCUCGUCUGGAGAUUUGUAACCUGACAGCGGAUGCUCUGAGUGAGGACAGCCUCAGUCACUGGAACACCAUCAAGUUCUAUGGGACGUGGAGGAGGGGAAGCACCGCGGGGGGCUGCAGGAACCAUCCCAACACGUUUUGGAUCAACCCCCAGUACAAGAUCACUCUCCUGGAGGAGGAUGACGAUCCGGAGGAUGAUGAAGUGGCCUGUAGUUUCUUGGUGGCUCUGAUGCAGAAGGAUCGCCGCAGAUACAGACGCCAAGGACAGGACAUGCACACCAUUGGAUUUGCUCUCUAUGAGAUUCCUGAAGAGUACAGAGGUUGUCAGAACGUGCACUUGAAGAAGAAUUUCUUUUUGUCCCACUCGUCUUGUGCUCGCUCUGAGACCUUCAUAAACUUGCGUGAGGUGAGCACCCGGCUGCGGUUACCUCCUGGAGAGUACCUCGUGGUUCCCUCCACAUUUGAACCUGGGAAAGAGGCUGAUUUUGUCCUCAGAGUCUUUACUGAGAAACAAUCAGAAACAGAGGAAUUGGAUGAUGAGGUUGUUGCUGAGUUGGUGGAUGAGGAUCAAAUCACUGAAGAUGACAUUGAUGAUUCCUUCAAAGCAAUGUUUGCCCAACUUGCUGGAGAGGAUAUGGAGAUUUCCAUUCGUGAGCUGAGGACCAUUCUGAACAGAGUGCUGUCUAAACACAAAGAUUUGAAGACAGAUGGGUUCAGUAUGGAGUCCUGUCGAACCAUGGUUAACCUAAUGGAUAAAGACGGUAGUGCUCGUUUGGGGCUGGUGGAGUUUCAGAUCCUCUGGAAUAAAAUUCGUAAAUGGCUGACAAUUUUUAGACAAUAUGAUCUUGAUAAAUCCGGUGCUAUGAGUUCAUAUGAGAUGCGCCUGGCUGUGGAAGGAGCAGGUUUUAAACUGAAUAACAAACUAAAUCAGAUCCUAGUAGCCCGAUAUGCAGAGAAUGAAAUGAUUGAUUUUGACAACUUCAUCUGCUGCUUGGUCAAACUUGAGGCCAUGUUUAGGUCUUUCCAGCUUUUCGACACAGAAGGAUCUGGAACAGCUGAGCUGACUCUAACCGAAUGGCUGUACGUCACAAUGUGUGGCUAAAAGAAAUGUCUAGUUUGAAAGAAGCAUAAAGAGGUAUAGUGCCAUGCAGACUGUCAGAACCCAGGAGCCCUGAAGACCCUCAGCCUUACAGAAAUAAAGAUUUUCAAACACAUCCCACCUCAGUAUUACGUAGCAAAAUACUGUAAUUGUUAGGCCUGUCACAAUAACAAAUGUUAAAGUGUACUAUAUAUCUAAAGAAAACUGUGAUUAAUGAAAAUGUUGAAAACCACUAUUGCAGUGCCUAGAGUGUUCCAUAGUAUGGCAUUAAACUUAUCUGUAUGCAUGAAGGCAAGAAUGUGAUGCUAUCAGGCCAAGUUAUAG